AGUGUGUGUAUAAUGUUUAUUAGGGUGAAUUAUUUCUAUUUUAUAUAUACUACACAAACUGGAAUUAAGGGACAUAACAAUAAAGGGUAUAUUAAGCAAAUAAAAUGCAGUAGCAUCGUCGACGCCCAGAAUCCUAGGUGGUGUGGACAAUCCUCCAUAAUUAGCCCCGUCAUGAGCGCCUUCAAUGUUUGCGUCGGCGUCAUAUGGAACGACGGCAAAGGUUUCUCCAUAGUUGUAGGCAGCCAUACCAUCCUCCAUCAGUGGAUGUGUAUUGUGUGUUGUGUGUGAGUGUAUAGUUUAGUAUGUGUGUGCUAUCUGUCUAGUGCUUGUACAUUGUUUGCAUGUCUGAACGUGUGUGUGUAUUGUGCUCUAUGUGAGCAGUGUGUAUGCAUUGUGUUGUGUGCUUUGCUAUGUACAUAAGCUGAGUACACAAGGAGUGCUCUGUGUUCUAGUGUAUGAUUUUUUUAAAUAGCAAAAAUGGUGGCGCUAUCCCAAUACGUUGACGUCUCCCAUUUUUGGAUUAAAAUAUCCAUAACACAAUGACCGAAAUCAUUACAAGUACUCCUCCGUAUCACACAAAGAGCAAAGGUCGAAGCUCAAAAUGGAGACGUGCUUCAUCAUCAUCGUCUCCCUCUGCAUCGCCGCCCUACUCAAAUCCCUAAUCUCCCUCUCCUCUCCGCGCAGCAACCGCCUGCCGCCGGGUCCGCCGGCGCUCCCGCUCAUCGGCAACCUCAUAUGGCUGCGCAAGCCCAUCUCCGACCUCGAGCACGUUCUCCGCCGCCUUAAACCCCACUACGGCCCCAUCAUCACCAUCCAAAUCGCUCGCCGCGUCUUCGUCUUCAUCAGCGACCACUCCAUCGCUCACCGAGCCCUCGUCCAGAACGGCGCCGUUUUCGCCGAUCGCCCCCCAGUCACCUACCACAACGCGGCGCGGAAGACGAUCAGCGCCUCCUCCUACGGCCCGACGUGGCGCCUCCUCCGCCGCAACCUGAAUCAGGAGAUCCUCCACCCCUCCCGCGUCAGAGGCUACUCCGCGUCGCGCCGAUGGGUGCUGUCUCUACUCAUGGAUCGCAUCCGCCGUUCCUCCGCCGCCGCGCCGGUGAGGUUGAUUGAUCACUUCCAGUACGCUAUGUUCUGUUUACUCGUGCUGCUCUGUUUUGGGGAUAAACUGCAGGAGAGUCAAAUCAAGGAGAUCGAAGCGAUCCAGCGUAAAUAUCUGUUGAAUUUCCAGAGAUUCGCCGUUCUCAAUUUCUGGCCUCGGCUAGGGCGGAUCAUAUUCCGGAAGCGGUGGAAGGAGCUGAUUGAAAUCCGCGGCGAACAGGAUAGAAUCCUGAUUCCGCUCAUCAGAGGUCGAAUUGAAUCGAAGAAAACGAGGAAUUCGAACCAAUUGGUAGCGUACGUGGACACGCUCGCGGAUCUGAUUCUACCGGAGGAGAAGAGGAAGCUUCGCGAAGAAGAAAUCGUGAGCUUAUGCAGCGAAUUCCUCUCCGCCGGCACCGACACCACAUCGACGGCGCUGCAAUGGAUCAUGGCGAAUUUAGUAAAGCACCGCGAAAUUCAGGAGAAACUGUACCAGGAGAUGAUCGGCGUGGUGGAGGGCGACGCGGUGGAGGAGGAGGAUCUGCAGAGGCUGCCGUAUCUGAAGGCGGUGGUGCUGGAGGCGCUGCGGCGGCAUCCGCCGGCGCACUUUGUGUUGGCGCACCAGGUGAAGGAGGAGGUGGAUCUGGACGGUUACCGAAUCCCUAAGGAGGCGUACGUGAAUUUCAUGGUGGCGGACAUGAAUUGGGAUCCGGAGGUGUGGGAGGAGCCGAUGGAAUUCAGGCCGGAGAGGUUCGUGGAGGCGUGCACGGGGCAAGGGUUUGACGUGACCGGAAGUAGAGAGAUAAAAAUGAUGCCUUUCGGCGCUGGGCGGAGAGUUUGCCCGGGAUUUUCGGUGGCGAUGUUGCAUUUGGAGUUCUUCGUUGCGAAUUUAAUUCGUAGCUUUAAGUGGGAAGCGGAUGAGGUGGAUCUCACAGAGAAGCGAGAGGCUACUAUCGUCAUGAAGAAUCCUCUGCUUGCACGCAUCUCUCCUAGAAAUUAACCUUUUUCAACAAUACAAAUUUGGCAUAGGAGCAGCUUAGCAUUAGCCUGAGUAUAAAUAAAUAAAUAAAUAAAUAAAUUGUUUUUCUAUACUA